AACCAACCAGCAAGAAGCGACCCACCGUCCUUACACCGACACGCCGUGAGGACAGAGACCGACAGACGUAUCAACAGCCGCGGGGAUGUGAACGAGACAGACUCGGUCUCAGCGGGGGGACGGAGGGCAGUUGUCGGAGAAUGCAAGAGCAAGCGAGCACGCCGCUUGUGUUUUCUCACGAUUGUGAACAGUCAGCUCCGAUUUAUAAAGCGAAUAACACUGAGUCGUGAUUGUUUUUUUGUUUUUUUUAAUUUCCAAGAGGACAGACCGGCGGACUGCGUUAAACAUCCUCCAGCCAGCAUGCCUCCUGCUCAGAGCCUGCAAUCCAGCGGACUGACGCUCUCUGAGACGAGCAUUGGCUCCUUUAAGAGGAGGAAGAGGAAAUCUAUAAUAGUGACAGUGCUGCUGCUCAUUGUAUCUGUGCUCAUCCUCAUCUUUGGCCUUGCAGCGACAACCAGGACGCAGAACAUCACAGUGGGCGGCUACUACCCAGGAGUCAUUCUGGGCUUUGGCUCUUUUCUGGGAAUUAUCGGCGCUCAUUUGAUAGAGAACAAGCGGCAGAUGUUAGUGGCGUCUAUCGUCUUCAUCAGUUUCGGAGUGGUGGCUGCCUUCUGCUGUGCUAUUGUCGAUGGAGUUUUUGCUGCGAGGCACAUUGACCUCAAGCCUCUGUAUGCUGGUCGCUGUGACUAUCACUUCAGUGAGACUGCAUCUGAGCGCGAUGUGCCCUGUCAUCCGACAUCAUCGCGGUCUUCCUGUAACCUGCGCGUGAAGAGCAACACCUGCUACUGCUGCGACCUCUACAACUGUGGGAAAGAACAUCCUCUUAUGGGCCUUCAGAAUAAAGAUGUUUUGAAAAAGUUUAGGAAAUCAUCCAUGAUUUGGAAGGCUAGCCGUGUUGAGGUCAUUGGAGGCUACCAUGAAUACACGGACGUGAAGAGCUGCCAGGACGUGGUGCACCUCUAUCACCUGUUAUGGUCUGCUACCAUCCUCAACAUCGUGGCCCUCUUCCUGGGCAUCAUUACUGCUGCAGUGCUGGGAGGCUUCAAAGACAUGACUCCCUCUGCUGCCUCGGAGAGUACAUCUGAACCAGAAGCCAUCACAGCUCCGGUCCCAUCAGAGCCUCCUCCACCCACCACUUCCCUCAACUCGUAUUACAACACUGCCCCCUGCCUGCCGCCUUACACUGCCUACGACCUGCAGGGCUCCUACAUGUUUCCCGACUCCUCAGGCUUGUCAGAUGACUCCCAGUCUGGAGCCAGCCACCUGUGGCCCACAAUGGUCCCUCCUCGUUACUCUCCUCCUCACAACCAUCCUGAUGAGAAGCCCCCACCGUACAGCCCGUAACACAGCUUGGAGAUGCUGACCGAGUGGUUUUGAAUGCACAAUUCCUCUGGGCUCUUCCUCACAAUCGUCAAGAACUGUGUUGAAGGAAAGGAUGGGCCGACAGAGCACAUUAACUUUGAGUUCAGCCCAACAACACAAAGUGAGGGAGUGUUUGACUCCCGGGACACUGCUCACACUCAUACCUGCACUGUGUGUGUGUGUGCAUAUACACACUGAGAGAGAGAGACAACCGGUUCAAAGCCAGGACUGUUUACACAUCUAUCUGCCUUAAUGCAAACGGACUUCCAGUUCUGCAGCAACCUGAACUUAAACUCUCCUCCAGCUCACGCUUUAUGUUCCCCUCUCUUAACGUACAUAUUGUGAAUGCUUCCUGCCUCGAGUGGUAUAGACGGUACAGCACAGCUACGAGCCUACGAGUUAGAUGAAAGCUUCCCCAAUCUGAAUCAGCUAGAUAAUUUAGAAAAAAACAAACAAAAAAACAGUAGAGUUGUAAGCCCAAGCAGUCGUUUCUCUAGCAGUCAAUAGUGUCAUUGUACAUUAUUAAAGGCAAUGUUAAUGGAGGUGUUACAUGCUCAUCAUGUAUGUACAGCAGUAUGAUAUACAGAUGCUCCUUUAGCAGUUAAGCCUAAGGUAUACAAACAGAUUAUGGUAUCUAUUUAUAAACUCAUCAGUUUAUGUUUAAAAUAUCUUGAUCGAUGUGUGGUGAAUUUCGCAGAGCAGUUUAUGAAGAAUGAAUAAGCUAUUCUGCCGUAGUUGUUAAGUCAGGAUGGUUAACAACUACACUCCAACUCCUAUUUAUUGUGUUUUCACGGAAAGCUGCAAACCAGGUAGGCAUAUAUCUUCUCUCUCUCUCUUUUUGUUAGUAGUAGUAAUGUGUGUGUCGUCUUUGUCAGAAAAAA